GCAGGAUGGCGCCGUGACAGCGGCCGCGGCCCUCGCGUCCCCGGCGGCCCGGCCUGCGGCGGCGAUAUGGAGUCCACCACCUACCCUCUCAAUGUGACCCUGAAAGAAGAGCAAGAGGAAGAAGAGAUCCAGAGCCGGGAACUGGAGGAUGUCCCCACAGACAUGCAGAGAGUGAGAAUCUGCUCAGAGGGUGCAUGGGUACCGGCCCUGUUUGAUGAGGUGGCCAUAUAUUUUUCCGAUGAGGAGUGGGAAGUUUUGACGGAGCAACAAAAGGCCCUGUACCGGGAAGUCAUGAGGAUGAAUUAUGAAACCGUCCUGUCCCUGGAAUUCCCAUUCCCUAAGCCAGACAUGAUCACUCGGUUGGAAGGGGAAGAGGAGUCCCAUAACUCUGAUGAGUGGCAGCUCCAAAGAGGAACCUCCACAGAAAACGAGGAGUCCGACGUGAAGCCUCCAUACUGGGCAGGCCCCGCGAACCCCCACGCACAGUUUCCUCAGCCCCAGCACCUGGACGGCCUAGGCCUGGCCGAGCUGCCCGAGUGGAGCGAGGGGUACCCCUUCUACAUGGCCAUGGGCUUCCCGGGGUGUGACCUGUCUGCCGAGGACCUGGCGGGGAGGUUCCAGUUUAGCCGGGGCAUGCGCCGCAGCUACGACGCGGGCUUCAAGCUGAUGGUGGUGGAGUACGCCGAGGGCACCAACAACUGCCAGGCGGCCAAGCAGUUCGGGGUGCUCGAGAAGAACGUGCGGGACUGGCGCAAGGUCAAGCCGCAGCUCCAGAACGCGCACGCCAUGCGGCGGGCCUUCCGCGGCCCCAAGAACGGGAGGUUCGCCCUCGUGGACCAGCGCGUGGCCGAGUAUGUGCGGUACAUGCAGGCCAAGGGGGACCCCAUCACCAGGGAGGCCAUGCAGCUGAAGGCGCUGGAGAUCGCCCAGGAGAUGAAUAUCCCCGAGAAGGGCUUCAAGGCGAGCCUGGGCUGGUGCCGGAGGAUGAUGAGAAGGUACGACUUGUCCCUGCGGCACAAGGUGCCCGUGCCCCAGCAUCUGCCCGAGGACCUGACCGAGAAACUGGUCACCUACCAGCGCAGUGUGCUGGCCCUGCGCAGGGCGCACGACUACCACGUGGCGCAGAUGGGCAACGCGGACGAGACGCCCAUCUGCUUGGAGGUGCCGUCCAGGGUGACCGUCGACAACCAGGGUGAGAAGCCCGUCCUGGUGAAGACGCCGGGCAGGGAGAAGCUCAAGAUCACGGCCAUGCUGGGCGUCCUGGCCGAUGGGCGGAAGCUGCCGCCCUACAUCAUCCUGAGGGGCACGUACAUCCCGCCGGGGAAGUUCCCCAGCGGCAUGGAGAUCCGCUGCCACCGCUAUGGGUGGAUGACGGAGGACCUGAUGCAGGACUGGUUGGAGGUGGUGUGGCGGCGGCGGACCGGGGCCCUGCCCAAGCAGCGGGGCAUGCUGAUCCUGAACGGCUUCCGCGGCCACGCCACCGACUCAGUGAAGAGCUCCAUGGAGAGCAUGAACACCGACAUGGUGAUCAUCCCCGGGGGCCUGACCUCGCAGCUGCAGGUGCUGGACGUGGUGGUCUACAAGCCGCUGAACGACAGCGUGCGCGCCCAGUACUCCAACUGGCUUCUGGCUGGGAACCUGGCCCUGAGCCCCACGGGCAAUGCCAAGAAGCCGCCCCUGGGCCUCUUCCUGGAGUGGGUCAUGGUCGCCUGGAACAGCAUCUCCAGCGAAUCCAUUGUCCAGGGGUUCAAGAAGUGCCACAUCUCCAGCAACCUGGAGGAGGAAGACAAUGUCUUGUGGGAAGUGGAGAGCGAGCUACAGGGAGGAGGUGAACCCCCUGUGGAGAGCAUGGCGGAGAGCAACUGAGGGGCCAGCUCCUUGGUGGCUGGUCGGAGUAAGUGCUCAGGGCUCUGCCAUCCCGGGCUGCCAGCCAACCUACCUCUCUCCCAUAUUGGUUUCGAGUUCUCAGAGCCCACCGGGCAGUGUGUGGGUGCAGACCAGCAGCAUUCUCUCCUUCCCAGGCAAGGGCUGUCUGACGCCCUUCAUGGGUACUGUCCCCUGGGGCACGGACCAGGAGCACUUACAUACUAGUGAAAUGAACAAAGGGUGAGCUGCCCGACACGGAAUCUGACAGCCGUAACUCUGUAAGAAACUAUUUGGGCCUAAAAGGGUCUGAUAAUGUGCAGCUCACAAAAAAUUUUGUCUGAAAAAGACAACUUUUUUCUUUCCCUUAUAAUUCACACAGAAUGUUUAGGGCCAGUGUGUGCCUGAUGUACUUGAAGGACCAGGACACAGGGCAGGAGGCCUGCCUUCAGUACCGCAUCUGCUGGGCCUCAGGUCUCCGUCCUGGGCUGGUCUACACCUAACACCUGCCAGGGAGUAAACACACUUCACAUCUUCCGUCUCAUCCUGGCCUUUGGGAUGGGCGGGCUGUUAUGUCAGCAGAUGUCUGCAGGAUGGUGCUGUAAAACUGAAAUCUUUGCACCAGAAACAAAAUAAAGCAGGGUGCCACCUAACACUACAGAUGGAGGGCCUGGGAUAGGGCUGAGUGCAGAGCAGCAGCUGAGAGGAAGAGGGAAGGCGCCUCCCUCACCCACACUCCCCUGGAGGGAGCAGCAGGCCGGCCGCAGGCAGCCAGGAAGUGCCCAGGGCAGGCCACUCCAACCUCCUUGCUUCACAAGAGGUGAGGUCAUCCCUUAGAAGACUGAACCACCUUGAUGUGGUUCUGUAUGUUAAAGUACAGUUCCAUCGGUGUGGAAGAUGGCUCAGGCCUCCUUGCUCACCCCCACAUCAUCAGUUAGUCAUGCCCCUAACUCCACUGUCAUUCUGGACCCCUGCAGUUACCACAGAGCAAGACCUUACUGUAUGCUCAGGAUCACAGAAAUGGCCUGUUGCUUCCUCAUGUCCCCCACUUUGAUAAGCCCCUGAUCCAGCCUCCCUUUUCUGGAGCCAGUGUUCUCACCUUUUGCUUUUCCCUCUCUUUGUCAGAUAACAUCAGGGGGCAUUUUCAGUUUUCCGAGUGUUUCCCCCCCAGGGCCUCGAUCAGGAACUGCCAGGAAGGGAAGAAAGCUGACUACCCUGCAGCUGUGAGCACGGGCACCUCCGCACACCUCAGCCUGGGCUUUCUUGCCACAGACGCAGCUGUCUGGCUGCUCAGGCGGCAGGGGAGGAGACGGACAUAAAACUAAUGGAAUUGCUAUUUUUGUUAAGAUAUCCAGAAAUCCAAAGGUUAAUUCACAUUUAGUUCUGUGUUUUCCAGCAAAUGGCACUGACGGCAACAGAGGGGGGAAAUGACUCCCGAACGCAGUGGAUGCACAGGGAGCAGCAGGAAGAGGUGACAGGGCUCUCAACAGCCCAGUUCAGGACAGCAGACAGUGUCCAUCCUGGGACACGCCCUGCCUGCCCCUUGAAGUGUCCGCAGCCAAGGAGAAGACCCUUAAUUUCAUCAGCAACAAGAUUAGGAAAGAACCCUUCUGCCCAUUUCUUGGAGAUUAUCUGCCUCUCCAUCAAAAGGAGCCUGUAAGAAGGCGAGGGCAAGGUGCUCCUGGGGAGCAGGACCCCACACCAUGGAGACCCAGCAUGUGGGCACAGCUCUGGCGCUGUGAAGAAGCUUUCUGCAGAGAAGACCUCAAGUCAGUGUGUGUCUUGCCUUGAGAAUGCUUCCAUAAGCACAGCCCAUGCCCACACGGUCACAGGUUUUGUAGAAGGGCAUCACAAGCCCCUUAGGGAAAAUGAGAUACUGAUGCUAACAGCAAAAUUAAGACACCCUGGCCUGGUGCCAGCAGGUGGCUUUUCUGAAGACAAACUAGGUUAGUAUGGAAGACAUGGUUAAAGUAAACUUGCUGUUCUAUCUUCCCAGUCUGGAUGGCAGCUAGACUUGUGGGGUCUUGUCUGAUGGGCCUGCCUCUUCACUGUCCUGCUUAAUGGUGAAGGCAGCACUUGGUGCAUGAGCUCCUGCCCUCGGGCCACCUGCAGACCCCCAUGAGGGGUCUGCUGUCCACAAGGUACAAGGCCCGCAGACUCAUCUGGUACUUUUUAAUGUUCUUGUAACAAGGGCUGUGGGAGGGCACAGGCCUCUACCACAGCUGUUUGGAGACUUGGGAUCAUCUAUCUUGCAAGGUCAGCUGGAAGGUCGUUGGGUUUUUACACAGUGGUCACUUACAUUCCCACCAAGUCGAGUGUUACGAAGACAUUCCUUCAAACCCAUCUGAGCUACAGAACCUCAGAAGCAGCCAUCACUAGGAGCCGUCAUUCCUGGGUCGGGCCUGCUCACUGGCUGCUGCCGUCACUCCUACAGACGCAGCAUCUUGAAACGCCUGUUUCUACUCAGGUACUCCUCUUCCUUUAGUGAUUCACCUUUCUGAUCUUUUUAAACCAGUCUCCCCAUAGGAGGAAAACUCCACUUCUAAUAUCCAAAUAACUUUCACUAUCUGAAUUGUUCCCCCACUUGCUUUAUAUUCUGUAUUCUUGCACAUCCAAAAACGACACCCAGAACCUGUUACUUUUCAUUCCAGAAGCUUCCAUUCCUUCCUUAAUUUUUUCUCCAGUGGCCCAGUUCCUGGCCCUUCUCCAUGUUCUAUUUCUCUUGCUUUGGAAGCUUAAAAGAUGCUAUAGGACCUAAUUUUAGGUUCCUAUGUGGGAGCCAGUUACCUUGCCGAGAUAACAGAAAUGGUUCGACUCAUCUUGACCCGUACCUCGCGUCUCCUCGCCAGCAGAGAUGAUGCCUUACAGGCUGCGCAGCACUGGAGCGUUCCUGGAGGGACGGCACUGCCGCCACGGUCUCCUGGGCUUCCUUCCACGGUCUGUGCCUAACAGCCCCAGUACAGCCGUUCUGCAGAAUGACUAUAGCACACUUGGACAUAGUGUACUCCCUGGUAGAUAGAUAGGAAGUGACCCCAACAAUAAACUUUGAUAAUAAAGUCA